AUGCCGACCUCCCUCAGCAGAACCCGUAGCCAAGCAGGGUCCACCCUCACCAGGGUCACCUCGGCCCAAGUCCUCAACGUCCUCCAUGCUCCCCACACGGACUCUUGUCAACUCCUUCCUGACCUGGCGGCCGCCAACGCCAAACCUAGCGCUGACACAGAACAGCGGCUGCCUGAGGGCCCACAGCUUCCCCGGGAAUCCGUCAGGCACCCUGUGACCUGCCUGCCCGCUGCACCCCGUGGGGCUCAGAGCGCGCCAUCACUUUUAAUCUUCUGGAACCCGCCCACCACUGCCCAAGUCACGAUUGAAUCUCAGCCAACCAAAGUUUCUGAGGGGAAGGAUGUUCUUCUACUUGUCCACAAUUUGCCCACGAACGUUGUUGGCUACAUCUGGUACAAAGGGCAAAUAAUGGACCUCCAGCAUUACAUUACAGCAUAUACAACAGACACUGAAAUGAUUAUAUUUGGGCCUGCAUACAGUGGACGAGAAACAAUAUAUUCCAAUGCAUCCCUCCUGAUCCAGAGUGUUACCAAGAAUGACACAGGAUCCUACACCAUACAAAUCAUAAAGCGAGGACAUAGGACUGAAGGAGUAACUGGACAUUACACCUUAUACCUGGAGACUCCCAAGCCCUACAUCUCCAGCAGCAACUUAAACCCCAGGGAGGGUAAGGAGACUGUGAUCUUAUCCUGUGAUCCUGACACUCAGGAUGUCAGCUACCUGUGGCGGAUAAAUGGUCAGAGCCUCCCUAUCAGUCACAAGUUGCAGCUGUUCAAAAACAACAGGACCCUCGUUCUAUUUGGUGUCACAAAGGAUACGGCAGGACCCUAUGAAUGUGAGAUGAAGAACCCACGGAGUUCCAGCCGCAGUGAUCCAGUCACCUUGAAUCUCCUCUAUGGCCUGGACGCUCCCACCAUUUCUUCUUCAUACACCUAUUACCAUCCAGGGGAACUCCCCAAGCUCUCCUGCCUCACAGACUCUCACCCACUGACAGAGCAUUCUUGGCUGAUUGAUGGGAAGUUCCAGCAAUCAGCACAAGUGUUCUUUUUCCUCCAAACCACUAAAACAUAGAGAGGGGUCUAUGUCUGUUUCGUGCAUAACUCAGUCACUGGUGGAACAAAUCUCAUAAUCAAAAGGAUCGUAGUCCCUAGUAAGUGGAUCCCUGGAGCACUGGCAAUAUGUUUUCCAGUGAAGUCUAUCUGGCUAUCAGGGAAGAGCCACCUGCCCUCUGCUAAGGGAGAGGGAAAAUCAAAAACCCAGGACAGGGAAUAUGUUUCUGCUCGAAAACCACGAGCUUUUGCCUGUGCCCUUCACUCUUUCUAGAUCAUUCUCUAGACUAUACAGUAACAAUCAACAAUGUGAAAGGAAAUUCAGAAAAGAAUUUCCAUUCUCACUAACAUCAAAAGGAAUAAAAUAUUUUGGAAUAAGUUUAACCAAAAAGGUC